AACAGGAUGCGAAGACACAAAUAGCCAAUAGGAGGUACUGUAUCAUGUUCUUCUAAACCUCUUUCUUUCACUUGACGUGGAAUUUGAGCCUUACACACCGCUAUCUGUAUUUUGAUUUGUUCCCUAAUUGACCUAAAUAAAGCCCCUGACUGACAGGGUUUCUCUAGCCCCCCAAGGCACACUAUCUAACAGAGUAGUGAACUCAUUGCAAGUAAUUCCCUUAUUUUCUUGAGUAAUCCCAUUUGCUAUUGUGGUCGUCCAAUCGCAGAAUGUUAUUUGCUUGUUAAGCGUUUAACUUGCUUGACAUUUUUACUUCAGCAUUGCCGCUGUCUCCCAGUUUCUGGCGCCUGUAAUUUUAUGUGGUUAUUUUAGUGGGUUUCAUCCUAGGAAAUAGUUGACAUGGUUAAUCAAAGACGGCGAGACGUACAGAAGGGAAUGCGUUUUUUGUAUUUGAAGUGAAAAGAUCAUUACCGAAGUAAGGGAAGACCAACACUGUGGCCAGUUAGAAAUUAAAGCGGACAUCAUGCCUGACAAAGCGGCGGAGAGCCAGAAUUCAACAUCUGCGAGGGUUUCCUCGUUUUUUAUUGAAAAUUUGCUAGGAUCCAACAGAAAAGAAGAGACGAGGGAUACAAUUCAGGAUAAUAUAGACGACUGCAGUAAAGAGAUGUUUUUUCACAGCGGAGUCGCAGUCAGCCAUUGCAAUCAAAUCUGUUGUCAAGUAUCAAAUGCUGGAUUCAGUACGCAGAACUGUCCUCUGAGGAUCUAUCCUUUGGAAUGGUACAGAAGAGCUUCGCUGAACUGUGCAGCACACGAAAGACUGGGGAGUCCAAAGGAGAAUCACAGUUUAGAUGACGCUUGCUACUCUGGAACAGCUAGCGACCGGGAUUCUCCAGGGAUUUCUGAGCCCACUGAAGGGAACGAGAGAAAGCAGGAGGAAAACACAGCAGACGGAAAGGAGGAUGAUACUCUACAUACUUUCCACGGAUUGCCUGAUCAAGAAACCCCAGAACAGAAAUCUGCCCGAAAAAAGAAGACUCGUACAGUUUUCAGUAGGAGUCAAGUUUUCCAGCUGGAAUCUACCUUUGACAUGAAAAGAUACUUGAGCAGCUCCGAGCGAGCGGGACUGGCGGCGUCGCUGCAUCUGACUGAGACUCAAGUGAAAAUCUGGUUCCAGAACAGAAGGAACAAAUGGAAAAGACAAUUAGCGGCGGAUUUGGAAGCAGCGAACCUUUCUCAUUCGGCUCAAAGGAUUGUCAGAGUUCCAAUUUUAUACCACGAAAACUCAACUCCUCCUGCCUUGGGUUUUAGUGUGCCUCAAGUGUCGCCACCAUUAGUUGGCUUUUCGAGUACUGUGAAUUACCCCGUUACAGCUUUCCCCUCUUCAAUGUCCUUUAUAAGGUCACAAAUGACAGGUUUUGUGUAAUAACAAGAAUACAUAAUAUUUACACUUCAAAUAUUUCUGGUGGAUUUAUUAUUGAAUCAGAGACGUGCAAUAAUUCACUGUAUAGUGAUGCAGAAAAUUGCGUUUGUUUGCUGCAUUCACAGUGAAAAAGGUGUAUAAAUCAAUACAUUAUAACAUUAAUUUAAAACUUGUUGAUCCUCAUGGAUAUAUAAAUUAAGCAAUAUGUUGUUGUUAAUUUUUUUUAAUUACAUCUUACCUAUGGGCAAGAUUCUGGGUAAUAUUCUGAUCAAUACGGGGUCACAGCCCACGCCUUUUACCUUACGAAGGGGAUUCUUUAAAAGUAUUUUACAAAAAAAAAACUUUAUUCAAUUCUUGUUUUCCAAUUUUGUCACGUAUCCACGACUGAA